AUGAGUGAAAGAACUAAAAAAGAAGAAACAGAUAAUAUUAAAGAAAAUGAAGAAAAAAAUGAAAUUAGUAAACAAGAUGUAGAAAAUAUUAAAGAAAAAGAUAAUAAUAUUAAACAAGAAAAUAAAGAUAAUAUCAUUAAAAAUAAUAAUAAUGAUAAUAAUAAUAAUAAUAAUAAUAAUAAUAAUAAUAAUAAUAAUAAUAAUAAUAAUAAUAAUAAUAAUAAUAAUAAUACAAAUGAUAAAUUAGUACCAAUUAUACCAUUAAAUUUUAAAAAACCAAUAAAAAAUAGAAAUAUAAGAAAAUCAAUUAAAUCAAAUGAUGAUAUUGAUGAUAAUAAUAAUAAAGAAAAAGAUAAUCAAGAAAAUGAAGAUAAUUUAAAAGAUUUAUUAGAGUUAACAAAAGAAAAACAAAAAUUAAGGGAAAAAGGUAAAGGUGUAAAUGUUGGUGUACUUGCUGAAGGUCCACAUGUUAAACAAGCUUUUAGAGAAUUAGAAAAUAAAUUGGAUGAUUCUUUUACUGUUCAUCAAGAUAAACAAGAAGUUAAUAUAUAUUUAGAAAAAUAUGUAAAUGAACAAUUGGAAUUAAAAAAACAACAAAUUUUAAAAAAUAAUUUAGAUAGUGAUAAAGAUAAAUCAAAUGACAAUAAUAAUAAUAAUAAUUUAGAUAGUGAUAAAGAUAAAUCAAAUGACAAAGAUGAAAAUAAAAAUGAUAUUAAUUUAUUUGAAACACCAGAACAUUUAAAAAGUCAAAAAGGUAAAGUUGAGGAAAAAACAAAUUGGGUCGCAGGUAUUGCUGAAGUACAAUUACCUGAUGUUUAUAAGUAUAAGAAUAUUGUAGAAACUGAAAAAGCAAAAGAUGCAUUAGAUAAACAACCUAGAAAUUAUGAAAAAUUAUUAACUCCUCAAAAUUUUAAUCAAAACUAUCAAUAUCAUAAUAGAUAUGCAAAUAAUAAAAAACAAAGGAAUGAAGAUAAAGCUACUGAUAAAGAGGCAAUGGAUAAUUUUAAAAAGAGGUUUAGAUAUUAA